AUGCCGUCCCCCAUUGGUUUCCUGUCUACCGUCCUCGCCUGUGCUGUCUUGGCGAAUUGUCUCACUCCAGCCGAAUGGAGGAGACAGUCGAUCUAUCAGGUCAUGACCGACCGGUUUGCACGAAGUGAUGGGUCGACGACGGCAUCGUGCGAUCUGGAUGAGUACUGCGGUGGCACUUGGAUUGGACUCAUCAAUCAAUUGGAUUACAUUCAGCAGAUGGGCUUCACUGCGGUCUGGAUCAGUCCCAUCGUCAAGAACAAGGUCCAAUCAAGCGAAGAUGGCAACUCCUACCAUGGCUACUGGGCGCAAGAUCUCUAUUCCGUCAACUCCCAAUUCGGCACCGAGGAAGAUCUGAAAGCGCUCUCCGACGAGCUGCACAAACGAGGCAUGUAUCUCAUGGUCGACGUGGUGCCGAAUCACAUGGCAUCUUUUUCCUCGCAGACGACAGUCGACUAUAGCCAAUUCAACCCCUUUAACAAAAAAUCCUACUUCCACACGCCCUGCGAAAUCGACUACGAUGACAUUAACUCGGUUGAAUACUGCUGGAUGGGCUCCAAUACCGUCUCUCUCCCGGACUUGCGAACUGAAGACUCCGUCGUUGCAAACAUGUGGUAUCAAUGGAUCAGCCAAAUCGUCUCGCGAUACUCCAUCGACGGCCUCCGCAUCGACACCGCUUACGAAGUCUCUCCCAGGUUUUGGGCAGGUUUUCAAGCCGCGGCGGGAGGAAUCCAUGUCCUCGGCGAAGUCUGGCAUGGGAAUCCUAAUGUCCUUUGCCCUUAUCAGAAUUAUCUCACGGGUUUGAUGAAUUAUGCUGCUUACUACUGGAUUAUCGAAACUUUUCAAGACCCGUCUUCUUCUUCUUCUUCUUCUACUACUACUUCAUCUACUUCAUCAUCAACAUCCAUGACCCGCCUCGCAAACAACAUCCGCUGGCUCCAAUCCACCUGUCCCGACACUUCUCUCAUGGGAAUUUUUACCGAAAAUCACGAUAAUCCUCGUCUACCUUCUCUCUUCACCUCCAACAACAACAACAACAACAACACUCUCACCCGCAUCCAAAACGCUCUCACCUUCCAAUUCCUCUCCGACGGAAUCCCCAUCUUAUACCAAGGUCAAGAACAAUUCUUCACAGGCUCCUCCGUCCCCGAAAACCGUCAAGCACUAUGGUUAACAGGUUUCGAGAGAAAUACCGAAUUGUACCGUCAUGUUCAAAAAUUGAAUCAGAUUCGUUCUUGGGCGAUUUUUCAAGCCCCAGCUUCAUCGUCAUCAUCCUACGCCUCCUCCUCUGGAAAUGAUAACGAAAACGAAAACGAAUCAUACCUCCUCUCCCCUUCAAUCCCAACACCUCUCACCGAACAAAUUCUCUCUUUACGAAAAGGUCCUGUGGGGAAACAAAUUGUCUGCAUCCUCAAUAAUCUCAAUAAUCUCCCCAUCAAAUCCUCCUCCUCCGACGACGACGACGACGACGAUUCCUCAACAACAACAAUCACAUUAUCUUCCACAGCGAGCGGAUUUACACCGGAAAUGUCUUUGAUGGAAAUUUUCUCGUGCCAAAUUUUCAAGACGGAUAGUCGGGGGAAUUUGGGAGUUACUGUUACCGCGGGGAGGGUUUUGGUGUUUUAUCCUAGGGGGAAAAUUGAGGGGAGUGGGGUUUGUGGAUUUUGA